AUGGCUCUGGUUAGACAUACUGCAUUGUUAUUAAUGGUACCGCGAAUCUUCGCUUUGCCAAUUUUUAGGAGGUCUGUAGUGUCUGUAUUACAAAAAGAACAACCUCCGGUAGAAGAUGAAGCGGCCUUCACGACAUUUCUUGUCAUUUCAAUUAUGUUGGUCCUACUGGGAGGUAUCUUUGCAGGGUUAACACUUGGUCUUAUGGGUCAAGAUGAGGUUUAUUUGAGAGUCAUGCAAAAUAGUGGUACCCCAAAGGAGAAAUAUCACGCAAAUAGGGUAUUGGAUUUGCUAGGUAAGGGUAAGCACUGGGUUUUGGUUACCUUGCUAUUGUCUAACGUCAUAACCAACGAGACACUUCCGAUUGUGUUGGACAGAAUCCUUGGAGGCGGAUGGCAAGCUGUGGUGAUGAGUACCGUGUCAAUUGUUAUCUUUGGUGAGAUUAUCCCACAAUCCAUCUGUGUUCGUUUUGGUCUCCAAGUCGGUUCUUUAUUCAGUCCAUUCGUAUUGUUCCUAAUGUAUGCCAUGUAUCCCGUCGCAUAUCCUAUUGCACUUCUCUUAGAUUGGAUGUUGGGUGAAGAUCACGGUACAAUGUACAAAAAGUCCGGAUUAAAGACUUUGGUGCAUUUGCAUAGGACAAUGGGUAUGGAAAGAUUGACGAUGGAUGAAGUGACCAUUAUUUCUGCGGUUUUGGACUUGAAGGAGAAAAAAGUGUCCGAAAUCAUGACCCCAAUAGAUGCUGUGUUUACUUUAUCUGCAGACAAGAUUUUAGACGAGAAGACGGUAGAGGAUAUCUUCAACUCCGGCUUUUCUAGAAUUCCUAUCUAUCUUCCUGGACAACCUACAAAUUUUAUUGGUAUGCUUUUAGUGCGUGUGUUGAUCUCAUACGAUCCGGAUGAUUGUUUGCCAGUGUCACACUUCCCGCUAGCAACACUUCCGGAGACUGCACCACAAACCUCAUGUUUGAACAUUUUGAACUAUUUCCAAGAGGGAAAAUCCCACAUGUGUGUUGUUUCUAGAGAUCCGGGCUCUAGCGUUGGUGCUAUUGGUCUUGUUACUUUGGAAGAUGUAAUAGAAGAGCUUAUUGGCGAGGAGAUUGUGGAUGAAUCUGAUGUUUUUGUAGACAUACAUCAAAGAAUUAUGAGAGAUCAGCCGGGUCCUCUUUCCAAGAGACACAUUACCUCUUAUCUACAUGCGUUAUACACAAGAAAGCCCUCUGAGUCUGAACCUUUGAUCAAUACGAGUUCCAGAGACAGCAAGUCGUCUGCCAUAAUCGCUGGUGGUGCGGCUGGGCCUGGUCCAAGUAAUACCCAAGACCAAGACCAAGGGCAAGGGCAAGGCCAAAGCCAAAGCCAAGGGAAAGGGCAUGGCCAAGGUCAGUCACAAACUACAAACUAUUUAACUCUUGGCGCCACCACGAACUUCCAACCGGCAAAUCCAGCAGCAAAUCCACUCGACGUGAAAAAACCAUUUGUCACUAUUAAGAGACAGAACUACGGCGGCAUGUCCAAGACUCCGCCACGCACCAGUCCAGAGCUUCCGUCGGACUCUCCAAUGCCAAAAUCUCCUUCACCUUCAAGAAAUGGGGCAGCCUCGAACCAAAAGUCAGGAGCCAAUUCUGGAGUCGACCCAAACGCUUCUCCAUUUUCCUCUGCUGCAAAAAACACCGAUCAUGCGGCCAAAAACGACAAACAAGAUCAACACAGCGUGUCCCCACGCUCUCACGACAGGCUGAUCACGACCAUCCCGGCAAAGACCAAGAACGACCACCCUACUGUCAUCUCCUCGAGCUACAAGUCCACGAAAAACGGUAUUGUCGAGUCCAUCAUCACUGUAAAAGGUGUUUCAAAAACAAUCAUCGAGCCUGCUUCCGACUGGGACGAUUCCAAGAAUGUUACCAUCAACGAAACAGGAAACAUAGAAGAAGUCAACUCCGAAGUUUCGAGCCUCAACUCCAACCAAACAAAGAGCAAUAGCAAUAGCGAUCGUCAUAGCCAUGGCCAUGGCCAUGGCCAUGUAAAUGCCAAUGCCAAUGCUAAUGGCAAUGUCAACGGCAAUGGAAGUAAAAACAACCACGCUGGCACUCCAUUGUCAUCUUCCUCCAGACGCGGUUCGCGAUUCAGUCUCUGGUCGAGUAAAUCCUCUUCGCACCACGACGACUCUACCGCGCCCGCUCCACCCUCAAAGUCCCAGGAGAGCUUCCUUUUGGAAUCCAGAUCCAAACACUAG